AUGGCAAGCGCUGGGCAAAAGGUUGUGCUGAUCACUGGAUGCUCGUCCGGAAUCGGUUUAACACUUGCUGUCCAACUUGCAAAUGAUACCAGGAAACAAUUUUACGUUAUUGCGACGAUGCGAAAUUUAGGUCGUAAAGGAAAACUGGAAGAGGCUGCUGGAGAGAGACUGAAUGAGACGUUGCACAUCCAGCAGCUGGAUGUUUGCAGUGACCAAUCAGUGGCAGAGUGUCUCAACAAUGUUGGAAGAGUUGACGUUCUGGUGAACAACGCAGGGGUUGGAAAAAUUGGUCCCAUAGAGAGCCUAAGCAUGCAAGAAGUUAAGGAUAUGUUUGACACAAACUUUUUUGGAGUUGUUCGGAUGGUCAAGGCAGUGAUCCCGGAUAUGAAGAGAAGAAAAAGCGGUCACAUUGUUAUGAUGAGCAGUGUGAUGGGACUUCAAGGGAUUAUAUUCAAUGAUGUCUACGCUGCCUCCAAGUUUGCCUUGGAGGGAUUUUGUGAAAGUCUUGCUGUUCAGCUUUUGAAGUUCAAUGUACAUGUUUCACUGAUUGAGCCUGGCCCUGUGAACACAGACUUCGAAAUGAAGCUCAUGAAGGAAGUGUCAUGCUCAGAAUUUCCAGGAACGGACUUGGAGACGAUCCAGUACUUUAAAGAUGUCUACCUGCCCGCUGCUCAUGACAUCUUUGUGACCCUGGGGCAGUCACCAGACUCCAUUGCCAAGGCGACCAUCAAGGUGAUAAAAAUGGAACAACCAGUAUUUCGUUACCAGACCAACAUGCUCUACACACCAUUGACGGCAAUGAAGUACGCUGACAAUACGGGAAAUCUGUCUGUUCGAAGUUUUUACAACCUGCUUUUUAAUCAUGGAACUCUCUUCAAGAUAAGUUUGAACUUCCUCAGGCUUAUCACAUGUACCUGCUUCCGUAAUAGGGCAGUUUCACCGGACUGA